AAUCGGGUUUAUGGUUCAUUGAAGAGAUCUAAAGCAUAUGCAGACUCAGCUGUUUGCUUCCUCUGGGUGCUUUUCUAAAUAGUCCCGCCUCCAGCGCGUAAAGGAUCCAACGCGCUUUUACGCACGGCAUUCAGUUGGAGCAGUUUGGAGCGUAAGAGGAUGCGGGACACUCACAUGGCUUACUCGCUGUAUAUAGGUUGACCCUCUCCGAAAGGAUGACUACGGACACUUGUGAUUCUCCAGAGGACUUUCAAGCUACUGUUGCAGAGAUGCUGGUCCCUAACAUCUCCAAGACAAUACGCGAAGACAAUGUUACCAAAAAUUCAAGUUGUGGAUUUGUAUCAGUUGGUUUCCCUAUAACCAUGAUGAUCACUGGCAUGGUGGGCAACUCAUUAGCUCUUAUUCUGGUGUACAUCUCUUACAGAAAGAAGGAAAAUAAAAGGAAAAAGUCGUUCUUGCUCUGCAUUGGAUCGCUGGCGUUGACCGACCUGUUUGGACAGCUUUUGACAAGUCCAAUAGUAAUAUCAGUUUACAGAGCUGGUCAGAACUGGGAGCGCAUCGACUCAACGGGCCAACUGUGCGCUUUUUUCGGUGUGUGCAUGACAACAUUUGGCCUGUCCGCUCUCUUCUUGGCCAGUGCCAUGGCAAUUGAAAGGGCCAUGGCGAUAACAAAUCCCCACUGGUACUCCAAUCACAUGAAGACGAAUGUGACAAAGCAGACUUUGGCUGUCAUAUUGUUUCUUGUGUUGCUCUUUGCGCUACUGCCCAUUGCAGGGGUCGGGAAAUACCAACAGCAGUGGCCGGGCACAUGGUGCUUUAUCAGCACGGGAGACAGAGAAGUCCCGGGCAAUAUGUUUUUCUCCAUCACAUUCGCUGUACUUGGGAUUUUCUCUCUGCUUAUAACAGUUUCCUGCAAUGUAGUGACGAUCCGGGGCUUAAUUAUCCGGUGUAAAACAAAGUCUGGCACGUCUCAGUCUUCAAAACAGUGGGAGCGACUCACCACGGAGACAGUCAUUCAGCUGUUAGGGAUCAUGUGCGUCCUGCUUGUAUGCUGGUCUCCUCUGUUGGUGCUGAUGCUGAGGAUGAUCUCCACCCAGGUGUCCUCCCACGAGUGCAGUUCAAGAACAGUGAUGUCCAGUCAAGCCUCCGGCCGGGAUGUCCAUUUAGACUGUAACUUCUUUCUGACAGCGAUCCGCCUGGCCUCCCUCAACCAGAUCCUGGACCCGUGGGUCUAUCUGCUCUUCAGGGAGAUCCUCCUCCGUAAGGUCUGCAUUGUGGCUAACGCCGUGUCCAACUGCUCCAUAGAUGAACGCAAGGAGACUCAGACCGCACUGGAUGCUCUUAACAAGCAGAACCAAGAAAGCAACAAUCUUCAUAAACCACAAAGUAGCUAAGUUGACCUUUGACGGGAAUCCCUAUCUUGUGGCUGUGAACCCAGGACAGGUUAGAAGGAUGGAUGCAGUAUUGCCUUGGAUGUGUUGUUACAAAACACAGAAGGAUAUUGUGCAUUGCGAAACAAGAGUAGUCUCUGUUGCAGUGUUAAUGAAAACCAGCCAGUUCUGCUCUGGGUGCAUUUGUUUUGCUUCAAACACAUUCCAUUCAAAGUCACCUAACCAGCAUGUGUACGCAUGACCGUGUCACCUCUUGCAUUUGCCUACGGAGUGGCUGCCAGAAAUUCCCUCUUUGCCAGUUUUCUUUUUUGAUAACAUCUCCCAGACCCAAGCAUUGAAAAUGGGUGACUCUAAACCGGCUUAUAUGGAAGUGGUGCAUUUCAUGCUCUUUUAUCUGAGUCAUUGCUUUCAUCAACUUUAAGAAAAAGGCCAAAUAAAGGACAAAUGGUUUUUUGUGAAUAUCUGUAAAUAAAAAAAAGGGGAACUGUAAAUUGCUGACAUUAAGUUAAGAAUAGCUUUGACAUAUCUUACAUGAAAUGUAUCCACUUUGUUUAAAAAUGAUCUCUGGUCAUGCAGAAGAAAAAUGCAAAUCCUCAACUGGAGCCAUUUGUUGAUUGUAAUUGACUAAAUGAGUAUUUAUUAGUGUGUUGUAGUAUUAUGAAGUCAGUUGUUUCUGAGCUGAACGCUGAUGAUGGUCCCUGUUGGGUAUCAGUUGUUGUAAAUCUUAUAAUACACUGUACAUGGUGUUGCUCAGCUAGCAGCCAGGACUAUGAAAUGUGAAGCUUUUUAGUUUGUUUUCACUUUCCCUCCUGAAUAUGAAUGCACUGGCAAAUUGUUGUUGUGCAAUUAUUUUCUCAGCAAUUUUCCGAGGAACUUCAAGGCCACUCUUAUGAACACUAAAGUGUGUGAGGACAGGAAUGUAGAUCUGUGAUGUUUAACACUUUGGUCUGCACAUGACAAACGGUCAAAGUGUCAUUGAGCAAUUGCUGCCAAUAUCAUUGGAUUAAAAGCAUUCAUGAUCUGUAAGUACACAAUGUGUAGUAACAACAGGACCUAAUUUCACAAGCUGGUAACACCUUAUUUGGAUAGUCUGCUUACAGAGAGUUUACACAUCAUUCGUAACAUUUCAACAGGUUAUUAGCUGAGAUUCAACAAUUCAACCGUUUCACUAACACUGACCAUUAAAUGUGUUACUAAUUGUUGGUUGAAUAUUUGUAUAUACAAUGUUGAACAUUAGUUAAAUAUUAGGGUGCUCAACAAAGAUCAGUGAAAUGUUACAAAUACUCUGUAACUUUGCUAAGUAGACUAUCCAAAAUGCAUCUAGCCAAAUCUUUUUGGAGAAAAAAAAGAGAAAAGAUAAUUGGUGCAGUGACGAGUCACAUCAAUUUAAGUUAAGAGAGGGGUGCUCUUUGGAUACAAGGCUGAUUAGUGGAAAAAUAAUGGAAUACUGAAGGGCAUGUCCAGACUUUAAGAGAUGAAAAAGCUAUCUUGGCACAUUUGAAGCUGCCUGUGCAACUGCUACACACAAUCUGCUGUGGUUUCACAGCCUUACAUCAAGCUUUCAGCAGUGUAAGGUGGUCACAAAAAGCUGCAGGUACGGUAUGUUUUAAACCAGCCAUAUUCAUUAAUUUCACACUUUUAAAUUAAUGGUGAUCGCCUUGGACGUUUUGAAUGCGUCCAUCAUUUUUCUUCUUAUCUGCCAAACAGUGUGCCUGCACCCCUGAUGCUACCUCUAAAUAGGAGUGAACAUUAAUGUCUUUUAAUGUGUGCAGUGCAAUUUCUCAGAGGUCUCAGAUGAAGUCAAGAUACUUUUUAAUGAGUUGGUUUGCUCCCAACCAACUAAAUAUAAUUAACAGAGUGCUGUUGGAAGGAAAUGGCAAUGCAUUCCUUUUACAGUGGUUUAAAUACCAUCUUUACAUCAUCUCAUUGCUGUAUACAGUAUGCUGUAAAUGUAUUCAUAAAGGUUGCUCAAGGACAACAGCAGCCAACAAUUUUAGACUAACAAACACUCUGCCUUGCCUUGUCUUGCCUUUGCCCUGCAAAUGUGAGAAUUCACACAAGCUUAGUGAGAAUGACCCUAUGGGAAAUUGUUUUCUGCGAACACCAAGAGAAAGAUGAGCAUGUUCUGUUUCCACGUAUCUGCCAACAGAGAGUGGAGUUUAUCUUGUAUUGAUUGUGAAGCCGGUCUGCCUUAGUAGACCACUCAAAGGAUGGAUGUUGGUUAGUGAAUGAAAACAAAAACAUAGAAGGAAAUAAUACUUUCUGUUGCACAGAAACCAAUUAUUGAUAUUAUUCAUGAUUAUCCUGGAGUUCAUUGUCAUCUGUGAAUGUGCAGAGACAUGUGGCACCUUUCUAGUGAAUUUGUGAAAAUACUAAUGUAUUCCUCAACACGUAAUCAAUUCCAUUAACAGCUAUUGUGCAGCAGUUAAUACUGUAUACGCUUCAACAGUAACAUCAGGGGUCUUAAUUCAUUUGCAUUUAAAACAAUGACUACAUUUAUUCGCAAGUUGCUGUGGGAUAUGUCGGGUUUUACGAUCGACUCAAUCAGCUUCCACUUGAAUCUGCGUCAUGUAAUUAUCUCAGUUCUCUACCCAGGAGAGUCUGAAGCUUCCUGCUCCUCAGCAGAGGAAAAGUAAUUACACAAAUAUCCCCUUAUAGCUAGUUGGCCCUAUAUGUGGUUGUGAAUUUUCCAGGGUGUUACAUCCCGCCCAACCCCCACAGUGGAAAGGAAAACGAGAGAAUAAUAAUUCAUUCUUUCUAAAUAGAAAACAUGAUACAUUUCAACCCUCCUUAAUAGAUCCAGUAAAAGCAUGCACAGUGCUUACAGGCAGGACUUUCUGUGAUUCUGCAGUACAGUUUACUCAUAUGAAAUAUGAAUGUUCUUGCCACAUGGUUACAUGAGAUUAAAAUACCUGCAAACUCCAGUUUACUGAUCCACAAGGUGUAAUCUUCAAAGACAAUUGUAAUUAAUGUUUGUUGUUGCACAUUAAUGUCUACGUUACAUAUGAGCUCCUAUAAGAGAGGACACAACAGACACUAUCCAAGCUUUCAUUGUAAGGACUGUCAAGAUUGGUUUGCUCACAUGCUUAAAUGGCAUUCAUCUGUAUACGGAACAGGCCAUUUCAGCAGGCAAUUACACACCAGAGUCCUGCACCAGCACAGACGGGGAGGGUACAAUUACAUAAUGAUUUGAAAAAAGGCUUUAUGAGGCCCAGAGAAUCUGCUGUUUCCAGCUGGCUCCAUCUCAUUCACUCAAUUCACUAAUGCAUGGAAGUGAUUUAUCGGUUGUCUCAUGACCUGAGAAGCCAAAUGAUGUCUGAGAUUAGAUUGUUUCUGACAAAAAUGUUGUGAAAAAAAAUAUAUAUAUAAAAAAAUCAUCUGAUAUUUUGCGUUUGUGCUCACUUUUCAAACAUAUGUACACUGAAAAAAAUAUGGCUUGUUUAAAUGUUGGAGAUAUUUCUGUCAACUUCCUUGGAAAUCCUACAGCUUGAUGUGUUACUGUUCGUGUGAUAAUUUGAUUGAGGCCAUAAUAAUCAUUCUGACCAUCUCUGUAACAUAUAUACUGUAACACAAACAGUAUACUCUAUCAUUGUAAAGAUGGGGAGAAAAACAAAAGAGCACUUCAUUUCUAUUGACCCUUCAGACUUUCACAGUUUGUUUUUUACCAGUCUGGUGACAGGUAAAGUCACAUUCUAUAAAAGACAGAUUAGCACAGUUUUCACAAGAGGGUUAAAACAGUGACCAACAUGGUUGUUCUGGUUGAAAGACUUGUUACAAUGAGCAUGUGUCCUUUCAAGAAAUAACUGAACAACUAGACAAGAUAUUUUUAGUUUCUUGUCUCUGCGGUAUCAAGAAAUCACAUACUGGCCCAGCGAGCAGUUCACUGAUAAGGCACAUGAUGAUCUUUUGCUGCCAGUCUGAAGCUCCCACCAAGCAGACUUUGCUUGGUGGGAGCUUUAUUAUUGUAACACAGUUAUCCUAAACUUUGUUUCAAAAGCCAUUUCCAGAGUUAGAUACAGUAAAGGGAAAAACAUGUCAGACGUUAAGUGUAAAAAGGGAAGAAGUACCUGACAGGUAAAACAAGCAAAGUGUUGCUCAAGUCAGUUUAAAGAGCAUAUGAUGGUGUCACAUAUGCAUACAUAGAAUGGAAACAGGUUUGCGCCACCAGCCAAGGCUCCACCGACGAAUGUAAAUAAUAUGCUGGAUGUCUAUCAGACGUCCAUCAUCUUAUCUUUUGUUCACAUUAUGCCUCUGCUUUUGAAUGUUAAACAACACCUCUGUGCACUCUGACUGAAGUCUCUGCCGACUCUGAACUCUGAGACACGAUUCUCAGAUGAGGGCUAUCUCUGCGCUUUCACAUGCCUCCUGUUUCUUUGUCUGUGCUCUUCUUCUGUGUGCUGGGGAGGAAUGUAUUUUUUUCCCCUCAUAUUUUGAUUUAUCUGUCAUAGAUAGGAUUACGUAACAUAGGCUGUGAUGAAGGAGGAAAUAUCUACCUACCGUUCAAAGUGUCCUUCUGGUACUUUAUGUCUUUGUCCUCUUCUUGGCUUGUAUCAGUUCAACAUGCGACGCACUUUUGAUUUAUUUUGUUGCCCUGUUCUUGGCUUACGUGGUGGUGUAAUAUUCUAUUAAAGGACCUGAACAUAUUUUCUCAAUAUGUGUUGGGCUUUUGUGGCUGUUGAAGCAUGUUUUCUUAUUAAAUAUUUAUUUAUACAUCUUCACUAUCAUACUAAUUAAUGACUGAUGGGGAUGGGGCGUACAGUGUUUUUUGUGAGUAUUGCGCCUCCUGAGUGACCUGUGGUCAGACUGAGCCAAGCAAUAUAUUUUGAAAAACUGAGGAACACGGAUGUGUGGGCGCCCAGUGGUCUAAAACUCAUACCACUAAACCACCAAGUCCCCAGUUCAUCUAGUCUGGCAAGAGACAUUUGUUGCAUGUUUCUUCCCAUUUUCACAGUCACACGCCACUUGUGCAAUAAAGAAAAAAAAAGUA